ACACUGUCUUUAAUGAGUUCAGGGAAGGAACUCGAGAGUGACUUCUUUUUCGCGCAUGCGCAGUGAGAGGGUCAGGUCGCGCGCCGGGUCACGAGCAGAGAGCCGGGCGCGCGCACGGCAGCAGCGAUCAUUCAGCAGGACUGGAGAGAAUCAUGAGCGUGGGAAAACUGGUGGUGUGUGUUCUGGCUCUGGCUGUGUGUGAAGGUUAUGUUUUCCAGGCCGGUCAGUCAUCAGGAGAGGUGGAUGAAGCUCCUCCGCAGUUCAGAGAUUUCUCGGGCUCCUGUGAGGGCCGUUGUUUCGAGCUGAAGGAGGCCGAACCACCGAGCUGCAGGUGUGAUAAUCUGUGUAAGACUUACCUGAGCUGCUGCUCCGACUUUGACCAGCAGUGCCUCAAAACAGCGGGCGGGUUCGAGUGUUCAGAGCAGCGCUGUGGGGAGGUCAGGAAUGAGGAUUAUGCCUGUCAGUGCUCAGAGGACUGUCUGGAGAGAGGAGACUGCUGCACCAACUACAGAUCCCUGUGCAAGGGUGAGAGCUCCUGGCUGGAGGGUGACUGUGAGGAGAUCCAGAGCCCAGAAUGCCCUGCAGGGUUUGUUCGUCCUCCUCUCAUCAUCUUGUCUCUGGAUGGCUUCCGCUCCUCAUACAUGAAGAAAGGGAAGAGUGUCCUACCCAACAUCCACAAACUGAGAUCAUGUGGAACUCACGCUCCCAGAAUGAGGCCCAUGUACCCGUCCAAAACCUUCCCCAACCUCUACACACUGGCCACGGGUCUGUAUCCCGAGUCUCACGGUAUCGUGUGUAACUCCAUGUAUGAUCCAGUCUUCAAGGCUCACUUCAGGCUGAAGGGUCGAGAGAAACUCAAUCACCGCUGGUGGGGGGGACAGCCUAUCUGGAUCACGGCGGAGAAGCAGGGUGUGAAAGCUGGAACAUUCUUCUGGCCCUGGGUGAUUCCUCUAGAGCGGAGGAUCCUCACUAUCCUGCAGUGGCUGAAUCUGCCUGAUGGCGAGCGGCCGUAUGUUUACGCCGCACACUCUGAACAGCCGGAUACAUAUGGACACAUCCUGGGCCCGCUCAGCAACGAGCUGGACAACACUCUCCGUAAGAUUGACAACAUCAUUGGUCAGCUGAUGAACGGACUGAAGCAGAUAAACCUCCAUCGCUGUGUGAACGUCAUCCUGGUUGGAGAUCACGGUAUGGAGGAGUCUCACUGUGAGCGUACAGAGUAUCUGAGCUCGUAUGGUCUGGAUGUGAACUCCAUCACACUGAUCCCGGGAUCCUCGGGCAGAAUCGGCCCCAAAAGCACCAACACAGCUUAUGAUCCAAAGGAGAUCGUGGCCAAUCUGACAUGUAAGAUGCCCAAUCAGCACUUCACGCCGUAUCUGAAGCAGCACCUGCCCAAACGCCUGCAUUACGCCAACAACAGACGCAUCGAGGACGUGCACCUGCUGAUGGAGCGCAAGUGGCACGUGGCCAUAGCUCCUGCUGCCUGUGGGUUCUUUGGAGAUCACGGAUUCGACAAUAAGAUCAACAGCAUGCAGACCAUCUUCCUGGGGUUUGGGCCGAGCUUCAAUUUCAGGACGCAGGUUCCGGUGUUUGAGAACAUCGAGCUCUAUAACGUGAUGUGUGAUCUGCUGGGUUUGACUCCGGCUCCAAAUAACGGGACUCACGGCAGUCUGAACAGUGUGUUGAGGAACCCUCCGUUCACACCCACACAGCCAGAGGAAGUGACAUCACCAACACCCUUAGCCCCGCCCACUGAUGCAACCAGCGACAUGGGCUGUAACUGUGAUGAUGAGAACAUCAUUGAGGAGGGCUCUCAGAGGUUUCCUGCGGCGCUCGACAACAACAACAAUGUCACACACCUGCCAUUGGGGCGUCCAGCUGUUCUCUUCCAGACGUCAUACACACUGCUGUGUCACACUGAUUACUGCAGCGGCUUCAGUCACGCCAUCAACAUGCCUCUGUGGACCGAGUUCACACUGCCCGCACAGGUAGAGCUGUCGACGGUGCCAUCCAGCGAGUGUGUGAGAGCAGAUCCUCGAAUUGAUGUCACACACACAUGUAACACGUUGAGCCAGGAGUCUGAGAUCACACAUGGCUUCCUCUACCCACCCGAUUUCUGUGUUACGGCUGAAUCCAGAUAUGAUGCUUCUCUGGUCACCAACACAGUUCCCAUGUACCCGGCCUUCAAGAAGGUGUGGAGUUUCCUGCAGAGAGACGUGAUCAGGAAGUCAGCUCUGGACAGUAGCGGUGUGAAUGUGAUUAUGGGGCCCAUAUUUGACCACGACCACGACGGAGUGAGAGACACUGAGGAGAUCAUCAACGAGCAUGCUGUGGGCUCCGUCUUCAUCCCUACACACUUCUUCAGCAUCAUCAUCAGCUGUGAGUCGCUGAACGACACACUGGAGGAGUGUGAGGACGAGCUGAGGGUCCGCAGCUUCAUCCUGCCACACCGACAGCAGAACACUGAGAUGUGCAACAGCUGGCAGGACGGCUCCCGCUGGAUGCAGGAUCUGCUGGAGCUUCACACAGCACGGGUUCGAGACGUGGAGCUGCUGACGGGGCUGGACUUCCUGCGCUCCUCCGCUCUGCCGUACACACGUGUGCUGGCGCUCAAAACACACAUGCAGACCUAUGAGCAGCAUGUGUGACACACACACACACACACACACACACAACACGCUCUGGAGUUUACACACUCUGUCAUAUUUAUUAUUCUCCCUCAAACUAACAGUGAGCAGACCGUGUGAACAUCACAUGACUGCGCUGCAGACCUCUCCACCAUACUCCACCCUCAGAUGACCCUGAUGACGGUACACCGCACCGCUGCAGCAGCAUCACAACACACGCAGCGCUUAAACCUUCCUUAUUUGGGACCAUUUCUCUUGAAUAAUUCCUGCUAUGGACACUUUUAAUGUGGAAUAAUUAGAAAAUAAACCACAUGUCUUCAUGAUAUGUAGCACAGAGAUGCUCAGCUCGUCUAACGCCACAUCACGAGUUCAUUACUGCAUGUUAACAGUGGUAGCACUUUACAGUAAGGUUCCAUUAGUUCACCAUGACAAUUACUUUAAAGCAUUUUAAUCAAACGCCAUACAGAAUAUUAUCACGCCAUAUUGCUGUCUCUGCUGUUCCAGUACAAAUAUCUAGACAUUCUGUAAACCUACAAUGAACAGUAUUGUGUUGUCAUUAACCAAAAUGACCAAUGAUUAAUAAAUCCUUACCACUAAUAGGACCUUAUUAUAAAGUGACACCCAUAACUUUUACCUGUACGGUGUUUGUUUUUUGCUAUUGAUCACUAGAUUUAUUUAGCUAUUAAUAGUGAUAUAGAAACACAGUGUUAAUAACGUUUUCAUCGAAACGUUUACAUCAUUGUUAUUGAAACAGUGUUAAUAGCGUUGUCAUCGAAACAUUGCUAACAUCGUUGUUAUCGAAACAUUGAUAAUGACAUUGUCAUAGUUACACAGUGUCAAUAGCGUUGUCAUAGAAACACAGUGUUAAUAGCGUUGUCAUCGAAACAUUGCUGACAUCGUUGUUAUCGAAACAUUGAUAAUGACAUUGUCAUAGUUACACAGUGUCAAUAGCGUUGUCAUAGAAACACAGUGUUAAUAGCGCUGCCAUCGAAACAUUGCUAACAUCGUUGUUAUCGAAACAGUCAUAAUGGCAUUGUCAUAGAAACACAGUGUUAAUAGCAGUGUUAUCAAACAUUGUCAGCAUCGUUGUUAUCGAAACUGUUUUAAAAGCAUUGUCAUAGAAACAGUGUUAAUAGCGUUGUCAUAGAAACACAGUGUUAAUAGCAUUGUCAUAGAAACACAGUGCUAAUAGCGUUGUCAUCGAAAAGUUGUUAACAUCGUUGUUAUCGAAACACAGUGUUAAUAGCAUUGUCAUCAAACAUUGUAAGCAUCGUUGUUAUCGAAACAGUGUUAACAUCGUUGUCAUAGAAACACAGUGCUAAUAGCGUUGUCAUUGAAACAUUGUUAACAGUGUUGUCAUAGACACAGCAUUAAUAGGAUUGUCACUGAAACGUUGUUGACAGUGUUAUUAUAACAAUAGUUUAUAGCACUAUCAUAGAAACAUCUGUAACAGAAACAGGGUUAAUGGUGUUGUCAUACACAAAAACAAUGUUGUCAUAGAAACAAAAACAAAGUUAACAUUGUGGUCACGGAAAGUGUUAAUGGUGUUGUCAUAGAAACACUGAUAGCAUUGUCAUUAAAACAUUGUUAACAGCAUUGUCAUAGAAACACAGUGUUAAUAGCGUUGUCAUAGAAACAGUGUUAACCGUGUUUCCUAAAUACACAGGGUUAAUACUGUCAGAAACAGUGUGAAUAAUGUUGCCAUAGAAACACAAUUUUGUCUCAGAAAUACAGCGUUAGUAGUUUUGUCAUAGAAACACAGUGUGAGUAGUGUUGUCAUAGAAACAGUGUUAGUAGUGUUGUCAUGGAAACAGUGUGAGUAGUGUUGUCAUAGAAAGUGUUAGUAGUGUUGUCAUAGAAACAGUGUUAGUAGUGUUGUCAUAGAAUGUGUUAGUAGUGUUGUCAUAGAGACAGUAUUACAGUAGAUAUGAGCAGUAGUAGUUUGCUGCGUGUCAAUAUAGAGUCUGCGUCCUACGAAGACCACGAAUAUCCGAUUGAGAUCAAUGAAAUUAUCUGCUGUAGCCUACGGAGAGUUGAUCCUGUUGUUGCCUUUGUUGAUUUUAGUAGUCAUGUUUGUUUUAAAAUGAUUUUUUUUUGUAAAUAACUGUUAUUAAUUUGCCUGAAAGCAAAGCAAAGCUCAUAAACUGUCUAAAUAUAUUCCCCUUGGUCAAUUUAUGUAAACAUAACACUAUAUAUAUAUCAGAGUCAGAGAGAGUAAGAUGUGUUUAGUUGUAAACCGUGUUUUAGCAUAUACUGUUAGCUAUACAAGUACACUGAAAUACAGUAUUUACAUUCAAAAGUGCAAUUCAUCAUUUUCUUUUAAAGAUGUCCUGUCGUCAGCGGCGUGCAGUGAACUUUGGGAUAUUCUAAACCUGAAAGAAUCCUUUAGUUCUGUCCUUCAUUGCCUGGGAAAUAAGGCUGUAGGUAAUUUAGCUUUCGCAUUGGGACAGCCUUCGCCACUACACUAUGAUUGUUAGCCUUUAAAGGGUGCAGCCUUUGAAUUGAGACCCAACGAGCUUAUCCGUAGAAACAGUGUUGAUAGUGUUGCCAUAGAAAUACAGUUUUAAUAGCGUUGUCAUAGAAAUAUUAGUCUUGUUUUCAUCGUCUUAAUACCAUGUUUUAAUACCGUGUUUCUAUGGCAACACUAUUGAGACUGUAUUUCUGAGUCUGAGGAUGUGAACGAUCCAGUUUGUCAUUUAGAUUGUGUGUGUGUGUGUGUGUGUGUGUGUGUGUGUGUGUGUGUGUGUGUGUGUGUGUGUGUGGCGUGUGUGCGUGUGUGCGUGUGUGUGUGUGUGUGUGUGUGUGUGUGUUUGUGUGCGUGCGUGCGUGCGUGCGUGUGUGUGUGUGUGUUUGCCCUGCUGGCUUCUCUCUGACUGCUCUGUGUAAAAAAUAUGGAAAUGCGUGUGAAAGGUGCGUGUUCGGUGAUGGUGAAUCUGCGUAUGGUUAGCAGCAGAUGGUCAUGUGACUGAUGAUUCCUGUUGAGUGAUGCUCUGUUUUACUAAUGAGUGUCAUUAAUGAUUCAAUUCCGUCAAUAAACUCCUGAACUGUCAGGAAAUCAUGA